UUUAGACAAGUACUCGAGCAUGAUGACGUCAUUAGCAUUUAUGUAGCCAGGUAGCUACGCUAACAAGCCACGAUCCACAGCACCGAGAGGACUUCGAAGGUAGCCCGGUAGUCGUGGCUGGUAAGUUGAAAGACCCCUCCUCCUGCCCCUCUUUAAGCCCCCACUACACAUCACUCCUGAAGCUAUGCCAUGCAGUCCAUGCCGGAUAGGUAGAGUUUCGUAUCACGUACCCCUAUCCACUUGAACUUAUUGUCAUUGACCGCCCUUCCACUCUAUUUGGUCUACGUCCAUAAUACUCUUCUUGAAUUUCCAGUCCAGUUCAGUCCACUCCAGUCCAGUCCCAAGUUCAAAAAAUAAACCGCAAUAUGUCUGCCCCUACCUUCCCUCCCGGCGGUACUCUGCUUCAGACUUUCAAGAAGUCCUUCGUCGACGUGCCAAUCGAUGCCAACAACGACAAUGCCAUCUCCACCACCGAGUUCCUUGACGCAGCCGAGUCUCUAACUACCAUGUUUGAUGUCCUCGGAUCAGUCGCUUUCUCGCCGGUCAAGUCUGACAUGUUGGGCAAUGUUAAGAAAAUCCGCGAACGUCAACUCGCCGCCCCUGCCGAAUCCGAGACACUACAAGCUCUCGUCAUCAACGAGCUAAAAACAAAGAAGCACACCGCCACGGAGGGGCUUCUGUGGCUAACACGUGGAUUGGAGUUUACUUGCAUCGCACUUAGCCAGAACAUAGCCCAGGAAGCCGAAGAACUCUCCACCUCCUUCAGGAACGCGUACGGCUCGACUCUCAAACCUCACCAUGGCAUUCUCAUCAAGCCUGUUUUCUCUGCCGCGAUGAGUGCCUGCCCAUACCGCAAAGAUUUCUACCCCAAGCUAGGAGAGGACCAGGCUAGCGUCGCUUCCGAGUUGAGGGCUUACUUGGCUGCCCUCGAGAACAUUGUCGGAAUAUUGAAGGGAUUCCAGAGCCGAAAGGAGGCUAAGUGGUGAUAGGGAAGCCAAGAUCUCGUCCCAGGCCUACCGAUUUCGGAUAGCAGCGAUCAAAAUUAUGCUGGUCUUUAUAUAUUAUCUAUAGAGCACAUCUGCUUCUCGAUGGUUGACCAAGUGCUUUAAUAUAGGGCAUGCCGCAAACUGUAAUCAAAAGAUAACAUCAGCCAGGCUCCGCUACAUAACGUUACCAUAUUACACACGUAAGGGUGCCUCGGAAAAAAUCAGGUUUCGGUGAAUAUUCUAGCCACGGUCGACAAGUAAUUGAUCUUACAAUGAACGUGUCCGCCUGACAAGUUGGUACGCCUCUGCCUGGGUGGGCAGGUCACUAUCUGGUAGUUCUUACACGAGUUAGCUGUAAAGUAUACUGAGGAUUCCAACAAUCACUAAUUCUAUC